AUGCUCCGGCGAUUGAGACGCUUGUCAAGCCCUCUGGAGGUGCGCUCAAGCUUGAGUCGGAUCCGACAUAAGUGCUCGGGGCGCCGAAAACUGCUCUGGCAGCUUCUGUACCCGCGCCCGUGGCACUUCGAGGCGAAGCCACUUCCGCCUACCCACGAUGUGCUCAUGGCCAGAGCCAAGGCCGCGGAACCUCUAGCGAGCACGUCUCGAGUAGUAGUAGUGAGAUCCGACUCCCUAUUGCAGCGCAACAUCCGUCAGCUCCAAAAUAUUCCUCUGUUCCGCCUCCGGGACACGCCGCUCUGCUCGCUCUACCGGCUUUACGAAGAUUUAUGCAGCGGCGAGAUUAUCCUCAUGGGCUACGAGUCCGACUACUUCUUUGCUCACAACGAGGCGUCGUGGCGACUGUCCCAAAUUUCAGAUCCCAAAGAUGCGGAUGUUGUUCGAUACGCUGUGCUGGCAAGUUUCGUUGAAGCACUCGUCGCCGCUUUCAAUUGGAAGAUUGAGGAGGGACUGCGACGAAAUGGCAAGCACGCCUUUAAAGUCGAGGAUAAAGCCGACUAUCCGCGCUUCCUCGAAACAGCUCCUAGCUGGACAAGCAGGGUUGGGCCUCUGGCGGAAACGAUCGACCUACGGCUCCCAAGUAACAAAGACGGGGUAAAUGAGAUUUUUCAAAAGCGAAACAUCGUAGCGACGUUGGGAUAUCUGUAUUGUGUGUAA